UUUACUGAAAGUACCCUGCUGUCAAAUAAAAAGAAUAUGUACUCGCUCUCAUAAAUGUCAUACCAUUUCAGUUUCCAAAACCAAAUGGGAAAUUAAUCUUGAUUUCGUCGUAAACCUUAGGAUUUCAAAUAGUCCCGGCAUGCUAGCAUACGUGCAAGAUGGCCGCCCCCAUUGCACGAACGAACUGUUCGAUUUCCCGCUUUUUCCCGACGAAACCGUUUCUUCGCUCGCCAAUAGACUAACGAGAAAACAGUCCAUUUUACGCUAGACUGCAAAGAUGCAGCGCGUAAUAAGCCACAUUAUACAAAGAGUUCCGACUGCACCUGUUGUUGUUAGAAACCAGUUCAUCCUCGGAAAAAAUUCGUUAUCAACUAGUGUAUGCUGUUUGUCUACUCUGACUAAACCAAAACGAUUUUACAAGAACGUUUCAGUUGUACAAAGUGCUAACGGUUGGGAGGUGAAUUUAGACAAACGAAAACUAAAAACACCAGCGGGUCAACCAUUGCUUGUUCCCAACGAAGCGCUAGCAACUGCCAUAGCCACCGAAUGGUUAAUACAGAAGGACGUUAUAGAUCGUCACGCUAUGCAUCUGACAGCAUUAUGUAAUACAGCCCAGGAUAACCCACAUAGCAGAACAGCUGAGCAACUCUGUGAAGCGAUACUAGAAUUUCUGGAAAAUGACUCUCUUUUAUUUCGAGUGCCGAAAGAAGAACAGCCGGAAUUUUACGAGUUACAGUGCUCCAAAUGGGAUCCCAUUAUUCAGUGGUUUUGUGAUAAACACGAGGUCACACUAAAAUCCUCGUAUAAUGUUAUAUCUCCAGAAAUCGAUCCUACGACUUUGUUAACCGUGUACAAAGUCAUAUAUUCGAACUGUCGUACAGCCCUGUUUGGUAUACAAUACGGGGUCGAAUGUCUGAAAUCGCUGAUCUUGACACAAGCUGUACUAGAUCGUAGGCUAACGAUACAGGAAGCCGUUGAUCUAUCCCGACUGGAGACGAAUUUUCAGGCAUCUAAAUGGGGAAGUGUUGAGUGGUCACACGAACUUGACAACUAUCAGGUAGUUUCGCGUCUAGCCGCUGCGGUGAUGUUUGUACGACUUAGUCAAGAAGCCGGUAGCAUGAAGCAAAAAAAAACACUUUGUGAUUAAAGACUUAGCAAAUCGGAAUUCGCUAUUUUAGAGGAUUUGUCAUUAUGUUACGUUACCCAGACAUUCUGUAUUCGUUGAGCUGAACAGAGAAGUGGCACGACAAUGCAUCUUCAAUCAGAAAAAAUGCAAUCCUUUCUUCAUCAUCAACUCCUCGGUUAUCUCUGUGAUCGAGAUGUUCACUCUCCUGCAUGUCCAUAAGCCAAUGGACUUGGGCAAGUAGAAACGCCGCUAGAUGCGACUAUACGAGGAAUCACUGGCUCCUGCUUCCAAGAACAACAAGGCAGUCUCUCCUAGGAUCGUUUCGCGGCUUACUCGCUGCUUGCUGGUUCCCUCUGUUCUUCCAGUGUGGGCAUCGCGGUGGAAAGAGCUGUUGUUGUGUGCGUGAACACAAGCUUCAGUAAAGUGAUUCCGUCGAAUAAGCGGUGGCUUUGUCGGCGGAGACGUUGCGCUGAAGACAGCUUCGAUCACUGGUCUGACGGUCAAAAGUAUUUGUGGUGGUUGCAGAAAUGAAGAAUACGUCAGAAAGCGACAGCGGGACAAGGAACCGCGCCAUUCCCUUUCCGCCGGAAUGGGAGCAUAAGUCCGAACGGCCAUCUAGGCUAGCUCUUCCGACCCAACCACCGUCGGGUCCUGGUUCAAGCAAGUCUAGUUCGAGUAGUAGCACACCGGAAUCAACAUCGAAGAAUGUGCCGAGAGAAGGUCAUCGCUGGUAGCGUGACUUCACAAGGGACAACUCAUCAGACUGAUGGAGUCAUAGACACACGGAUCAGCUUACCGGAUGGCAUCUAAACGAAGGUUGUCAGGUCACCGUUACAGUAAUGGCUAACUUCGAAACUAUACUCGACGAUGAGUUUCGUACUUGCAACAUCUCCCAAACGCAGACACGCAUUUCACCACCCUUGUGUUUUAUUAGCCUCUGGAAAAAUUUCUUAUCAAAUGACGACAACAACGGCCAUUUACUCUGCCUGUACACACCAAUUUUGAAUAGGUGUGUUUCAGAAAUGACCACACAAAAGACCCACAAUAUAUAACAAACAAGCCCAGCUGGUGACAUAAUAGUGGCUCAGGUCAACAAAAAAGGAAUCUGUGGCACGUGAUAAAAAAAAUAUGGCCAUUUUUUUUUUUAUUCGUUUCCGCUUAAAACAUGACUAUAUGCUCACUUUGUAAGUAGCAACGUUUUUGAGCGGACUAAGCUGCUACUGCCGAAUCUGCAGUUUAUCCGAAACACAAAUUUAAGGUACACAAUCCACAUAAUCUCACCAGAAUUCAACGAGGACGUAUCAAAGGCUUAUCGCAUCAAAGAAAAAAAAUACGAUAAUAACGAAGAAAAAAAAAAACAUGAAUACCGAAGACCAACGA